AUGGCUGACCAACUCUUUCAGCGCAAACCCUGGAACCCCGAGCAGCUUCGCCCGGACCCCGACUCUGACUCCGAAGGCCUGUUUGACAAGGCUCCUCCGGAAGAGCCCCCCGCUGUCCGUGGGCCCAAGUCGGCGUGGGCCGGGGGCAGGAAGGCGGGUCGGCGCACUGGCGGGAAGGCGCAGGGGGCCCGCCCCGGGCAGCCCCCUAAGGGCGCGACGCGCCCCCAGCCCCAGGAAGAGGCCCCUCCAUUGGACGACGGCUGCUAUCUCGACCAUUUUCCGCACCUCUCCAUCUUUAUCUACGCGGCCAUCGCCUUCUCCAUCACCUCCUGCAUCUUUACCUAUAUCCAUUUACAGCUUGCCUGA